AUGGGUGAAAAAGCUAAGAAAACAGAAGACAAGAAAUGCAAGUCACAGAAAGAUUGCGAGAAAGAUGAAUGUUGUACCAGAAGAUUUACAUUUGAUAGCGCUUAUUGUAAAAAACGAUUAGAUGAAAAAAGCAAUUGUUUACCUUAUCUGCCUAUGAGGAUAUUCGAUGAUAUCUAUAUGCUUUCUUGUCCUUGUAAAGAAGGUCUUUAUUGCAGACACAGUUUGAUUAAUAAGGACGGCAGGAUUAUAAUUUCGUACCAUCCUCGAUGUUUUCCUUCUGAAAACCGUAAUCCAGAUGCAGAGUCUCCAGCGGAGCCGGAAAAUUCAAAUGGAAAAGGGGGAAAUGAUGAAUCGGGUGGAGAAAAUACGACUUCUAAUGAAUCUGAGAAAGGAGGAAAUGGUGGAGGCGAUAAAGAUGCUAAUCCCAAAAAUCCUGAGGAAAAAGGUAAAGAUGACGGUUCAAAGGACUCUGGAAAAGGUGAAGAUGAGAGUUCCAAGGAUUCUGGAAAAGGUGAAGAUGAGGGUUCCAAGGAUUCUGGAAAAGGUGAAGAUGAGGGUUCCAAGGAUUCUGGAAAAGGUGAAGAUGAGAGUUCCAAGGAUUCUGGAAAAGGUGAAGAUGAGGGUUCCAAGGAUUCUGGAAAAGGUGAAGAUGAGGGUUCCAAGGAUUCUGGAAAAGGUGAAGAUGAGGGUUCCAAGGAUUCUGGAAAAGAUGAAGAUGAGGGUUCCAAAGAUUCUGAAAAAGGAGAAGGCAGUAACGGUUCUAAUGAACCAGAAGGAAAAGAUGGCGGAAAUGAUUCUGGUGGAACUGAAGUAGAAGGAUCUAAUGGUUCAGAAAGUGAUACGGGAGAAGAAUCUGGUGUAAUUUCGCCGAGAAACAAUUAA